AAGGAUUUUAAGAAGUUUAAUUCAACAAUUUGUAAAUUACCAUAAGUAGUUGUAUGUACUAUGUAUGUAUAUUGCUAUAGUAACUAAGAAACGUAGAUAUAUACAAUCAAGUAGGAUUUUCAAUACAAUAUCUCAGUAUUAUUUUCUAAUAUGAAAUAAGUAACGUAAUUAUUAUGAUUAUAAUCGUGGUACAAAAUUAAAUGCCAUUUCUUCGUUAAAAUUUGUUGAUAAAAGUUCGUUUCAAUAAAGUACUUUGUAACAAAUUAUUAAAACUUGGUGUUUAUUGUAUUAAAAUACAACAAUAUGAACGUACAAUACACUUAUACAAAAAAGCGACUACACUUUGGAAGACAAUGUAACUUUUCAGACUAUCAUAAAACAGAAGCUGAUAUUAAACCACAUUCAGAGUAUAUGAAUAAUUAUAUUCGAGUAGAUCCUUCAACACAAGGAACGCAAUGUGGGAAAACUUAUUCUCUACACGAAGUAAACACAAAUACUGUGAAAUUUAAAGCUAGUGGUAUGUAUCAUUCUGAAGGCGGUUGGCCAAAGGAUUUAAAUAUAAAAGAUACAGAACAAACAGUUAGAUAUAAGCGUAAAAUAGAAAAAGAUGAACUAUACAUUCAUACGAUGCUUCAACUGCUACCUCCAAUGGAGCAAUGUAUAUUACAAAAUAAUGCCUGUAAUAUUUAUGAACAGUAUUUUAGCGACAUGGAACCAACUUCUUUAAUACAAAGAGCAUAUUCACGGACUGUUAAUGUAUAUCGUGAUAUUUUGCCGGUAAAAAGACGAAUAACACAUCUUUCCUGGUCACCGGAUCAGGGAAAUCGGUUUGCAGCUAGUUAUUGUAGUGAUGACUUUAAGAAUGGAGUCAAUGACAAACCUCUGUCAUAUAUUUGGGAUGUGGAAAAUCCAAAUACACCUUAUAUAAUGUUGAAGUCGUGCUGCCCAAGUUUAACAGUGGAAUAUAAUCCCAAAGAUAGUAAUAUAUUGAUCAGUGGAUUAAUGACUGGUCAAGUAGCUUUUUGGGAUAUUAGGAAAGGCUCAGAACCAGUAGAAACAAGUUCAAUUCAAUUUAGUCACAGGGACCUAUGUAAUGAAGUUCUAUGGAUAAAUUCGAAAACUAAUACAGAAUUUUUUAGUGCUUCAAAAGAUGGACAGAUAAUGUGGUGGGAUGUAAGAAAAUUGCAAGCACCUACAGAAACAUUGGUAAUAGAUUUAUGUAAAUCUGAUGAUCAAAAUGUUGAUAAGGCAAUUGGGAUCUCAGCAUUGCAGUUUGAACCAUCUAUGGGAACACGUUUCAUGUGUGGUCUUGAAAAUGGAAUAGUAAUAUCGGGAAAUCGUAAAGGUAAAACUCCGGCUGAAAAAAUAGCAACUAGAUUCAAAGCGCAAUAUGGGCCUGUAAUAAGUCUAGAAAGGAAUCCAACUUUUGUUAAGAAUUUCUUGACUGUUGGCGAUUGGACAACAAGAAUAUGGUCUGAAGAUUGCAAGGAAUCUUGCAUUGCUUGGACAUCUGGUCAUAGAGACUUUCUAACAGGUGGAGCAUGGAGUGUAACACGGUUUUCUGUAUUCUUUUUAAUAAAAAUGGAUGGAACCUUGGAUGUAUGGGACCUACUGAUUCAACAAGAUUCUCCAAUUCUUAGUAUGAAAGUUUGUGAUGAAGUUUUAACGUACAUAAAACCACACGAGCAAGGACAGUUAGCUGCAGUUGCAAAUAAAAAGGGUACAGUUUUUUUACUAGAGUUCUCAGAUGCACUUACAACUAAUCAAAAAAAUGAUAAACUUUUAUUUACAGCACUCCUUGACAGAGAGACACGUAGGGAGAAAGUAAUAGAAGCAAAGAACAGAGAAAUAAGAUUAAAAAUGAAAUCUCUUCGAAAUACUAAUGUUGAAAUUGAUUCUUCAACAGGAAAUGCAAAAUCAGAAGAAAAAGUAAAUUCAAAAUGCUUGAAUUCAAAUGUGAAUGACAUAUUAUUAAUACAUUGUGAAGAAGACUAUGAAAAUGCUAUUAAAGCAGAAAUAUUAAAAGAAGAAACAGAGGAUAAUGUAACUAGUGAUAAGCAGUGUACAAAUGGUAUAAUAAAUUAAAAAUGUUAUUAGAUAAAUAUAUUUUUUAUAAUAUUGUUUAUAAAAAAUUAAUUCUUUGUAAUUAUGGUUACAAUACAAAAUUGCAUCUCACUUGUCAGUGAAAUUUGUCUACCGUUAAUUAUCGAUCUAUGUAAUACAUGUAUUAUAUAUUACAGUCAAUUAAAUAUGUAUGUGUGCAAUUAGAAAACAACAUGGAGAAAUAUAACUGACAAUCUUUGAAAUAAAUAUAUGCCGUAAAUA